ACAUUUCGUUUGAACCUCGUUUUUGGUCCUUCGUGCCGUCGUGCGCAGGACCAACCCUAGACUGCCGCACCGCUUAGUAGCCUCUCCCUUCUUCCUCCGCCGCCGGGCCAGCUAGGUACGGUUACGACCACAGGCCCUCCCAGGGGUGGUGGAGGCGGCGACAGACGCGCAUGGCCGGAGGCGACGCGUCAAUGGUGGCGGCGCCGGGGCUGGAGGCGGCGGGGGAGGCGGAGGUGGACUCGGGCUUCGAGUUCGCCUUCGAGAACGAGGCUUUCUCCGACAGGGUCCUGCGGAUAGAGGUCAUCAGCACUGGCCGGAAGCGCCGCAGUGAAGGUGAUGAUGGAGAAGGUAUUAUUGACUCUUCUUGGACUGCGUCGAGUACAGCAGUUUUACGAGUCAAGACCGUACAUGUCAGUUCGGUAAUUCUCGCCGCAAAAAGUUCUUUCUUUUUCAAGCUUUUCUCAAAUGGCAUGAAAGAAUCUGAUCAGAGACAGUCAACAGUUAGAAUUGCUGAUUCAGAGGAGAAUGCCUUUAUGGAGCUUAUACGCUUUAUGUACAAUGGAAGGUUGACACCAACAACCGAGUCCACUCUUCUGGUUGAUAUCUUGAUGAUUGCUGACAAAUUUGAUGUCGCUUCGUGCAUCAAGCUUUGCAGUCAGAGGCUCAUUGCCCUGCCUAUGACCCCAGAAUCUGCAGUGAGAUGCCUAGAUCUCCCAUGUUCCAUAACAAUGUCAGCUGAUCUAUCAGAGGCAGCCAAGAAAUUCCUUUCUAAAAGAUAUGAGAAGUUCCUGUUAACAAAGUUCCAAGAUGAAUUGAUGAGGGUUCCUCUCGCUGGGAUUGUGGCCAUCUUAUCCAAGAAUCUCCCCGGGGCUGAAUCUGAAAAUUCCGUCUUUGACUUUGUGGUCAGGUGGGCCGACUUUCAGUACCCAAAUUCAGAAGAAAGACGCAAGAUUUUAAGUUCAAGUUUACUUCCAGUGGUGGCACUAGUGCGUAGCAUGACCAAUGAGAUCCUAAUUGAUCAGCCGUCUUGUAUAAUGAACUUUAUUCUAAAGCGGGAGCACUGCUCUGGGAGCUUCCCAUCAGGAUCGAUACGCUCGCCACCAUUCUAUUGUGCGGGGCAUGGUUUCUUCCUCUCAGCACACCGUAGAAUGGAUCCGCGCAACUAUUUUUCCUUAGAAAUACAGAAGGUAGAAGACAAGGGCCUAGUAAGGGGGACAUUAGAUUAUGAGAUUGAGUUAAGGACAACACCGUCGCUGGAGUUUACCUGCUUGUGGAAGGGCCCCACCACCACCGGUUGUACACAUGGUUUUGGAUGCAUAGUUCCUUGGCCGGAGGUCAUUCCUGACGAUAGCCCCUUCUUCAUCGAUGACAAACUCCAUGUUCGAGUUCAUUUGAAGAUAACGCCGCAGCUGUAGUGAUGCUUGCACUAGCCACUAGUGUGAUGUGCUUCAUUAAUGUCCUUUUUUGUUUAUGUGAGCGAAGAGAAGCUCCUGUUCUUUUAACAUAUGAACUCGGUGAAUAAUGUUAGUAUUUGGUCUGCACUCUUUUGGUGAUUCGUAAUGUAGCAAUGUAGCUUCUCAACAUCUAGAGUUUGAUGCUGGAGGUUUCAUUGUGUGGUGGACUCUUCUUACCAGCCGCAGAACUGUCAAGUGUGUGUGUGAGUUUUGAUGUCCAGCGAAGUCGCUGAACAGUUAAAGUGCACUUUGUCGUACGUUGUCUGGUAUACAUUGCUGAAUGCUGAUGGCCUCUUUGACUCGA